AUGAGUUCUUUCAAGACCAAGACUAGUACCCCCAAGAACGGGCUUCAAAAGUCUCGUACUGCUGUCCAGUUAGCUGCCGGGAAGAUAAACGCAUCUCAGGCUGCUAUCCGUAGCUUCAUCUCCAAGAUAAACACCCUCAAUUUAGAGAAAGGUAUCCUCGACAAUGCCCUUCAAGCCGCUUAUGCUACUGUCCACGACGCUACCCGCAGGGUGAACGCCUCAAAUGCCGAGAGCGACAGGUCAAAGUGCAAGCUGCAAGAGUCUAAUAUUGCUCUCCGCACCGCUAUCAACAAGAUAAACACUUCUAAAGCCGAAAGGGACACCUUCAAGAGCUCGCUCCAAGACUGCUGGGCAGCCAUUCAAGAUGCCACCAAGAGGGACACCUCCAAAAUUGAGAGCGAUAUCUUCAAGAGCCAACUUGAAGAGUCUCAUUCUGCUAUUCGUGACGCUAUCACGAAGAUAGUCGGCUCCAAAGCUGAGAGCGAUACUUUCCAGAACGAGCUUCAAGCGUUCCGAGCAGCCGUCAUAGACGCUACCGAGAAGAUGAAUGCCACCAGUUACGAGAACGUACUUCUCAAGCAGCAACUCAUAGACCUCCAGCACCAAGAUGAUGCCACCAACAUCGAAUACCAAGCCUUCCGAAAAGGAAGCAAGACCCUCCAGCAUAAGAACCUAGCGCUCCAAUCUGAGAUCGACGCCAUUCGUCUUAAGCUUGCCACCGUAAAUCAGGAGCUCUCCCAGAGAGACUCAGAGGUUAGGGGAUAUAAAGCCGCAAUGGCAAUGUCUCGCGCGCAAGUCACUCAACUCGCCACCCGCCGACCAGAUGCCGAGAAGACCCUCAAAUCGGCACAAGCCGACCUCGUCGCGAAAAUCGAUGAACUCAAGAAAGCCACUGACCGCACUGUGGUUCUAGAUCGUCAGGCGAAAUCUUGGGAAUGUGCAAACAAUCCGGAGUGCGAGAACUGCCAGUUUCAUCUCUUGCGCGCGCUUAAGGUGGCCCGCGCCGGGGAAGCCCAUCUCGGCCACAAGCUGGAUGAGGCGCACCUGAAGUGGUUUGCUGCCGAAAACCAGCUUGCGACCUGGAUCGGCACCGCCGAGAACUACGCGGUUGUGUGGGCGGACGAGACCUGGCAGUUCUUGGGAACGGAGGAAGUUGAGCGUCGAGAGCGUUUAGGGGAGGCAAUUUAUCGCGCCAAUAUCUGGACCCCGCCGGCUCCUCAGGUUGCAUCAGAGACUAAUAAGGAGAAGGAGGCAGAGGAGGAGGAUAUCGAUGAGGAUGUUGAAAUUAUUCUCGACCGCCCUGAAUGCAGAUCCUCCAGCUCUGGUAUUCCAACCUAG